UUUCUCACUGCGCCCCCUCGUAACUCCUAGUGAUAUCUAUCUUCUUCAUCGUAUAUUCCUGACUCCUUUUUCUUCCUUGUUCCCUCCCGGCCAUGGUGUUCCCUCAGGAAGAAGAGAGCUUGGUCUGUGAUAUCGAGCUCUCCUCCGUCGGCCCCGCUCGCUCCUCCGGCACCGAUGUCUUCCACAGCCCUACAGGCCUGGACCUGGCCAUGAAGCUUCACUACCUCAGAGUGAUCUACUUCUUUAACAGCGAGGCCGUGCGAGGGCUGAGCAUCAUGAAGAUCAAAGAGACCAUGUUCAGCUGGUUCAACCACUACUUCAUCACCUGCGGGAGGUUCCGGCGGUCGGAGUCCGGCCGGCCGUACAUCAAGUGCAACGACUGCGGAGCCAGGUUCAUCGAGGGUAAGUGCAAGAAAACCCUAGACGAGUGGCUCCACAUGAAGGAUUGGCCUUUGCACAAGCUCCUCGUUUCUCACCAAGUUAUUGGUCCUGAGUUAUCCUUCUCCCCUCCCGUUUUAUUGCAGGUGACUCAUUUCAAGUGCGGAGGGAUGUCAUUGGGCUUAAGUUGGGCCCAUGUACUGGGGGAUCCUGAUUCGGCUGCUGACUUCAUGAACAGAUGGGGCCUUGCCAUGGCGGGUUUGGGCCUGAAGCCCAUCAACAUUCCGCGACCAAUCCCAACAGCAGCCCCAGAACCCCACCCCCAGUCACCAUCCGGACCGGAUCCAAUCACCUUAAAACGGGUUGACCCGGUGGGAGACCACUGGAUACCCGCCAACAACCGCAAAAUGGACACAUUCUCCUUCCACCUAACAAGCUCUCAGAUGAAUUACCUUCAAGCACAGAUCUGGGGUCCUACUAUUGACCAAACCCCUCCUUUUGAAUCUCUGUGUGCCGUGAUUUGGCGGUCCAUCGCGGAGGUCAGACGAGGACCCGGAUCUGGAUCCGAACCAAAUAAAGUGACAGUAUGCAGAAAAGAUCCAUCUCGCAACAACCACGACGUACUAGGCAACAAGCAGAUCAUAAGCAAGGUUGAAGCUGAAUAUUCAAUAGUUGACUCAGAUUUGAAGAGGCUGGCGACGAUGCUGGCCGAUGAAGGAGUGGAUGAGAGGAAAGAGAUUGAGGAAGCAGUAGAUAAGGAUGAUGGGGUGAGUGAUUUCUUCGUGUACGGGGCAAACCUGACAUUUGUGGACUUGGAAGAGGUCGACGUGUACGGAUUGGAAUUGAAUGAACAUAAACCAGAAUUUGUAUACUGCAGCAUUCAAGGUGUUGGAGAUGAAGGGGUUGUUUUGGUGCUUCCAUGGCCAAAAGGUUCAGUGAGGAAUGGUAGUGAAGGUAGGUUUGUGACGAUCAUAUUGCCGGAGGAUGAACUGGGAAAGCUCAAGUCUGAACUCAAAAACAACGGUCUUUUGCUCUGACGCUGAGUUCAUCUGCGUGUCUAAGUAGUAUCAGUGUGCCUGUUGUUGCUUUGUAAGUGCUUAUUUGCGCUAUCAAAAGAGUUGUUGUUUUAGUACUAGCAUGUACUUGUGCUUAAUGAUGAGUAUUGAAUAACUUGUUUUCCUAUUCUCAACAACAACAACAACAAUAAAGUUUUUUUCACGCGUGUGUAGUGUGCAUACCUUAAUUAGCUUGCA